GCUCGCACCUCGGGCUCAGUCACGAUGGAGCUGCGGGCAACGGCAGCUGGCGCUCUGGCCGCGGCCGCGUUGGCUUCCGUGGUGGCUCUGUGGUGGUGUGGGUUCGCAGGUCCGCCCUCGUCCAGGCACGAGCCUCCUUCCUGGGACGCCGACCAGCUGUUCCGCAAGCUAGACGCCGACCGCAAUGGACUGCUCGACAGACUCGAGUUCGGGAACUUUCCAGACGCCAUAGCCGAAGUAGAAUCAGAAGAGAGGAGAGAUGGGGAGGUUAUUAUCAAGUGCUCAUUUACUCCACUGCUGCUGUCAUCUAUGGAAAGUGAACUGUCUGUUGCAAGUGUGGCAGUGAAAGGUCUUCUAGAUUGGCGUGAACCAGCAAGAUCCCAAGCAAGUUAUUCUCAUGAAAUUUUUGCAAAUUUUAUGAAAACCAGAAGCAAUGAAGUUGGCACCAUUUGGUACAUGAUUCAGCCUGACACUGGUUCAUCAUAUGAAAAUAAAUUUUCCAACUUUAGGUAUGCUGAAGACCCUCCAACAGUGCCUGGUCCAGAGCUAACUUUCUUCCACUUGUUGAGCAUGUUCCACGAGAAUGUUUUCCUGCAAACUAGAUUUCAUCCACGAGGAACAGUAGCCAUGCUCCAAGCAAAAACAUCAGAACUGUUUCUCAUCAUUUUCCGGUGCCAUGCAGAAUUUCAACUGAACAGCCCACCACUGUUGCCAUUCUGGUUUACCCCAGGCCAAUUUAGAGGUCAAAUCAUUAUAAGCAGAGAUAAAAGCAAGGUCUUUUAUUUUCAUUUGGAAGUACCACCUACAAAAAAACUUAAUGUAGACAUGGAAUGGAUGAAUGAACAGAAUUCAAGCUUAGAAGUUGAUAUUGGGUACCUUCCAGAAAUGAAGUUGGAACUCAAAGAGCAGCAACUGACACCAUCUGAAGUGAAAUGGGAUCAACAAAUAUCAGAUGAAGAUGCUGAAGAUAUGCUUGAAAAAGCCCUGUUCCCUUUUAAAGAGGAACUUUCUGCUGCUGGCAUGAGAGAAGCUGAAGAACUGCUUUCUAAAUACUCCUUUCCAGUAACAACAGAGAUUAUGAUGCCAAAUGGAACAGUCAUCGGCAUCCUAAAUGCAAAUGAUAUAUUGGACAGUAUAAUGCCAGAUAUGAACUGGGACAGACAUCAAGAUCCUGCUGAGUAUGUCUACCACCAGUUCUUAUUAGAAAGCCUCGAUUCAGUGAACAUAAUACAUUAAUGUAAAUUUUGAGUUAGUAUGAGGCGGUUGAGCACAUUCAGCAUAAGUGACUUAAAAAGUAAAUUAUUUUCUAGUCAGUAUGAAUUGGAAAAAGUGUUACUGUGUGAUGGACUGACUUUUAUCAUUAGCACAAGAAUGACUGUUUUCAAAUGAUUAAUCUUGGAUAUAUGUUAAUAUGCACAGAGGUUGUGUUGCACGAUGGUAGUGUAUGACUACCUGGCUAUAAAGCUCUGACGAGUUGAGUCAAGGUACGAUGUUAUAAAAUUGUACCAUCUGCAAACACACAAAAUGUAUUUUGUAUAAGUUGUACAGUGGGUAUAAUAAAUUAUUUUAGUAAACAAAAAGAGCAUUAAAUGAA